GGGCGGGCCGGGCCGGGCGGAGGGAGGAAGUGUGGGGCAGUCGCAGGGGCUCCCGGGCCGCCGCCGCGAGUCCUCCGUGGGGUCGGGCCAUGGAGCCGCCGCUCUACCCGGUGGCCGGGGCCGCGGGGCCGCAGGGCGAAGAGGACCGGCUGGGGGUCCCCGACGGGCCCGAGGCCCCGCUGGACGAGCUGGUGGGCGCCUACCCCAACUACAACGAGGAGGAGGAGGAGCGCCGCUACUACCGCCGCAAGCGCCUCGGCGUGCUCAAGAACGUGCUGGCGGCCAGCGCGGGCGGCACGCUCACCUACGGCGUCUACCUGGGCCUCCUGCAGAUGCAGCUGAUCCUGCACUACGAUGAGACCUACCGGGAGGUGAAGUACGGAGACAUGGGGCUGCCCGACAUCGACAGCAAGAUGCUGAUGGGCAUAAACGUGACGCCUAUCGCGGCCCUGCUCUACACCCCUGUGCUCAUCAGGUUUUUUGGCACCAAGUGGAUGAUGUUCCUGGCCGUGGGCAUCUAUGCCCUCUUUGUCUCCACCAACUACUGGGAGCGCUACUACACGCUUGUGCCCUCAGCUGUGGCCCUGGGCAUGGCCAUCGUGCCUCUUUGGGCCUCCAUGGGCAACUACAUCACCAGGAUGGCGCAGAAGUACUACGAGUACUCCCACUACAAGGAGCAGGAUGAGCAGCGGCCUCAGCAGCGUCCGCCGCGGGGCUCCCAUGCGCCCUAUCUCCUGGUCUUCCAAGCCAUCUUCUACAGCUUCUUCCAUCUGAGCUUCGCCUGCGCCCAGCUGCCCAUGAUUUAUUUCCUGAACCACUACCUGUACGACCUGAACCACACGCUGUUCAACGUGCAGAGCUGCGGCACUAACAGCCAUGGCAUCCUCACCGGCUUCAACAAGACGGUUCUGCGGACACUACCGCGGAGCCGAAACCUCAUCGUGGUGGAGAGCGUGCUCAUGGCGGUGGCCUUCCUGGCCAUGCUGCUGGUGCUGGGCUUGUGCGGCGCCGCUUAUCGGCCCACCGAGGAGAUCGAUCUGCGCAGCGUGGGCUGGGGCAACAUCUUCCAGCUGCCCUUCAAGCACGUGCGUGACUUCCGCCUGCGCCACCUCGUGCCCUUCUUUAUUUACAGCGGCUUUGAGGUGCUUUUUGCCUGCACUGGCAUCGCCCUGGGCUAUGGCGUGUGCUCCGUGGGGCUGGAACGGCUGGCCUACCUCCUCGUGGCUUACAGCCUGGGUGCCUCAGCUGCCUCAGUCCUGGGCCUGCUGGGGCUGUGGCUGCCACGGCCUGUGCCCCUGGUGGCUGGGGCGGGGCUGCACCUGCUGCUCACACUCAGCCUCUUUUUCUGGGCCCCUGUGCCUCGGGUCUUGCACCACAGCUGGAUCCUAUACGUGGCAGCCGCCCUCUGGGGUGUGGGCAGUGCCCUCAACAAGACUGGACUCAGCACACUCUUGGGAAUCCUGUAUGAGGACAAGGAGAGGCAGGACUUCAUCUUCACCAUCUACCACUGGUGGCAGGCCGUGGCCAUCUUCAUCGUGUACCUGGGCUCCAGCCUGCCCAUGAAGGCUAAGCUAAUGGUGCUGCUGGUGACGCUGGUGGCGGCCGCGGCCUCGUACCUGCGGAUGGAGCAGAAGCUGUGGCGGGGCGUGGUCCCGCGCCAGCCCCGCAUCCCGCGGCCGCAGCACAAGGUGCGCGGCUACCGCUACCUGGAGGAGGACAACUCCGACGAGAGCGACGCGGAGGACGAGCGCGGCGGUGGCGGCCGGGGAGACGGCGCGGAGGAGGAGGCGCCGCCCGCUGGGCCCCGGCCCGGCCCCGAGCCCGCCGGCCUGCACCGCCGGCCCUGCCCCUACGAGCAGGCGCUGGGGGGCGACGGGCCCGAGGAGCAGUGAGGGGCGGCCCGGGCCGGCCCGCAGGUCAGGUCGGGGCCUCUGCGAGCCCUGCACUGUCUUCGGGAAGGACCCUCUGUCCCGCCCAGGGAACGCCCCUCCAAGGCCCAGGGUCACCUGGAACUUCCGCAGCCCCCUGCAGGGCGGGGCGGGGCCUGGAGACCCGGGCCAGGCCCAGGGUUGGAAAGCGCACCCGAAACCCCAGGGGCCGUCCCCAGCGCGCGCCCAGCCCUGGAGGGGCCAGGAUCUCCCCUGCAGCGGGCGCCCCAGUCCCGCCCGCGCACUGGCCCGGACGCGGGUGAUGCGCACUUUGCACCUUCUAUGCCCAAGGUCCGCCGAGAGCCUCGACUUUUUAUAGAAAAUGAGCAAUAAAGAGAUUUUGUAUUGUCCUGA